AUGGAUAUGAACAUGGAUCUGCACUCCAUCUCCAGCGCUGCUCCAACAGCUUCGGCUUCCCCGACUUCACCAAGUGAAAGCCCUACAAGCUACUUUUCCUAUGGCGAGCACUCGACCACAAUUCUGGCACACAUUGUGCUCAUGAUUCUCGCCUGGUGUUUUGUCCUUCCUGCAGCCGUCCUACUUAGUGUUGCCCGCUCACGCCUUGCUCUCCCAUCACAGUUCGUAUUCCUUCUCUUCAACACCAUCGGCCUUCUCUUCGGCAUCAUCUAUAAUAGCCAGACACCCGAUCUGUACGAGAACAACGCCCACCACAAAAUCGGCUGGAUCGUGACAGGAGUCUUCACUGUUCAGGUCUUUUUGGCUUUGGUGUUUGUAUAUGAUGGUCGCGGCAAGCCAAGGGAGUUUCGUGCUACCUUCCUGCCUGUAGCUACGGGUGAGGAUGGAUAUAGGGCAAUUGGCAAAUACUGCCCGUCCCGCGAUAGUCAGGGAAGUCAACCUUUGUCGCCGUCAAUCGAGGCCGAGGCUGAAGACCUUGAACAAGCUGAUGAGAAGACCUCUGGCCUGCGUUGGUGGUUAUUCAGCUUUACUGUCCCUCGAUUCCUCUUCCGCGUACCUGGAAUGGUUUCAAACCGUGCUUUACGCCUGGUCAAUACCGUUUAUAAUGUGAUUGACCGCAUCAUCCUCCCCUUUGGAUUUAUUGCUAUUUCCACUGGAGCGGUGACCUAUGGCGGUAUCUUCCACGGCAUCGAGGUCUUCAACGGCGUGGCGCAUUUCAUCAAAGGCGGGAUCUUCUUCUGGUACGGCGUUCUCACCCUCGGACGGUUCAUCGGAGCCUGGGCGGACUUGGGAUGGGCCUGGAAUAAGAAACCCCCAGCGUAUAUUGUCGGAUGGAAAGCAAAGGUUCCCUCGGGCGAGUUCGUGGAGUCGUUCGUUAUCUGGUUGUACGGCGUUACGAAUGUUUUCUUAGAACACCUGUCUGGUUGGGGGCAGGAGUGGACACCGAGGGAUCUGGAGCAUGUUGCUAUCUCUAUUAUGUUCUUUGGUGGUGGUCUGGCUGGUAUGUUGUUUGAAUCGCGCCGUAUUCGCGAGGCUCUUAACAAUACCCUCUUUCCGCGGUCUCCGUAUCAGGAACCGGAUUGUGAGAACUGGAAACUUCCCAAAUCCCAGGGCGUCCCACUUAACCCCAUGCCAGCGCUUAUCAUCUUCCUCCUAGGGAUAAUGAUGAGCUCGCACCACCAAAGCAGUAUGACUUCAACAAUGGUGCACAAGCAAUGGGGAAGUAUGCUUGUUGGAUUCGCUAUCGCUCGCGGAAUGACAUAUAUCCUACUUUUUCUUCGUCCGCCAACCUCGUACCUCCCCGGCCGUCCUCCCACGGAGAUCGUCACUGCGUUUUGUCUCAUGGCUGGUGGGCUUAUUUUCAUGUUGAGUGCUAGCGAUGUGGUCGAGGCUAUGGAGUUUUAUGAGGUCGAUGCGAUGUUUGCGUUUACUGUGGGCAUGGGCUUCACGGCGUUUAUUAUGUCGUUGGUGGUUCUGGCUAUUGCAAUCAAGGCGUGGGCUGUACGGCGGGGGAGGGGACGGACUGAGAGAUAUUGA